CAUUCCUGAAUGAGGCUGAGAGGCAUCUAUUGCACAUGAUCUCCUGUCCAGCCGUCCAGUUGUCAUGGCGUCUGAGCGUUUUCCAAUCAGCAUCCGUCUAACCGGAGUCCUUCACAAGAAGAAGAACAAAAUGUACAUAACAUCUGUGCUUUGGUCGGAUCAGAAUGAAAUUGUAGUUUACAGAAGCUUUGAAGAUUUCAAAGAAAUGCAUAAACAGCUGAAGAAGAAGUUUCCCUCUGGAAGUAAAACGAAAAAAUCUGACAGAAUCCUCCCUAAAUUUCAAAGCAACAGAGUGAAGCAGAAGAGCCAAGGCAAGGGGCCUAAUAAAUCACUGGUGCGCCUUAAGUAUUUGCAGAAAUACUGUAAUGAACUCCUGAGCUGUGAUCAACACGUCUCACAGUCUGCUGACCUGGCAAAGUUCUUGCAACCAAAUGAGAAAGAGCUAAAACCAGAGUUCACCAAAAACAGCAUCAUCAUCAUACCCUCUGAGGAAGAGAUCAGGAGCUACGGGAGACAGAACAGCAGCGGUAAUGUGACCCAGCCAUUUGUCACAGAGACCUACAGAUGUAUAGCCCCAUAUGAGACCAAAGACACCAAAAACAAACCUUUCAAAGUAGCUGUGAAUGAGAUGCUUGACGUUCUUAUCAAAGACAAAGCAGGGUGGUGGCUCGUAGAGAAUGAGGAGAAGAGGAUGGCCUGGUUUCCUGCACCCUACCUGGAGAACCUAGAAGAUGAGGAGGAUGAAGAGGAAGUGCAUGGUACACCGUCAACAGGGAUGUUUUACAUAGUUGUCAAGAGCUACAAUUCCAACAUAGUGGAUGAAGUAAGCGUAAACAUUGGUGUAGUGGUCGAGGUCCUGCGGACCCCGGAUAAUGGCUGGUGGUUCAUAAGACACAAAGGAAAAAUGGGUUAUGUCCCAUCUCUGAACCUGCAGCCUUACAUAAAUCCUCAGGUUCAGAUGACGUCUCAGUAUAAUGUCCAAAACUCCUCUUCUCUCCUGCCCCACUCCUCUACCUUGCACCACAGCUAUUCCUAUGGCAACCUGUCCCAGCAUCCUAACCCCAGACCCAUCUCCCCCAGCCUCACCCCAACAGAAAGCAUCCACAGGUCCCAGUCUCUGAACCAGUUGUCCACUCAGCCUGCAGUGAGCCUCCCUGCUCCAGCAAACAACCACCCCACCUCCCCAACAUCUCCAGUACAAGGCCCUCUUCCAGAGAUCCUGGUGCAGAGUGACGAAGACCAGGAGCAGAACGGACGGAUCCUCAGAGCAGAGUCGGUGGACAGCUUUGAAAGCGACAGCUUCAGCGAUGAUGCCCUCUCCAUGUCUGCCGGCUCAUCCCUCAACUUGAGCUACGGCGCCAACGACCAACAGCUGCGAUUCUGCCGCACGCCACAGCCCACGGUGUCCAACAGCCUCAGCCCAACGAGCAACCCUGAGGGAACUCUGCUACCCAGCGUCUCCGACCCCAACCUCUACAAGGGGCCCCAACCCCCGAGGGUUCCCCCGAGACCCCGGGCCCAGGAGAUUCUCACCCGCUGUUCCUCAAUCACCCGUAAGAAUGCGACUAAAAGCAACCUGUCAACAACUUCGACUGAGGUAACGGGUCGAUGAAAGUUAAAGCUUUUUGUUAUUGUUAUGCUAUUUUGCUCUUUUGCAUUAACUGUGCACACUGGUUUCUUAUCCUUCCACUUAUGUGACCAAUACUUUGAUUGAUAUAUAUAAAAUAAUCAAGUAACCAACAACUGGAUGCAUUUUGUCUGAAUGACUAGGUGCUUUAAGUUUUAUAUCAACUCUCAUACCAGAUAAUCCCCCCAUCUGAUAUCUGUACAUAUUAUAUUCAGUUAACUGUAGAGAUGAAAUGAAUAAAAUGAUCGUGUGGGUUUAA